GUCUGUUUUGCUAAAAGUUUAAAACUUUAAAAUAAGAUUGCAAGUAGGGAAGUCCAACUAUUAGAUUCCAGUUCCAUUGGAAUCACCAACACCAUAAGUCCAUACCCUUCUCUCCAUUCCUAUCUGCAAAGAACGCUGGAAAACUCUUCUAAAAUGCCGGAAUCAGAAGAAGAAAACCGGUCGAGUAAUUUUUUUAUAAGGGGGCCACCGGCGACGGAAGAGUUACCGGUGAUGAUGACCAUGGAUCUCGACCUUGAUGGUUCCUGGACUUUCGAUCAGAUCUUCUCGUCGGACCCUUCGCCGUCGUUUAUUCUAUCAGCAACCGAACAAUCUUUCUCUCCUCUGUGGGCGUUUUCCGAUGACAAUAACAACAACCUCAACGACGGUGACGAUAAGCCCGCCGGAAAUGCCACGUUGACCUCUUCCGGUGCUGCUCACCGACUUCUUCCAGUGGAUACAGAUAACCCUGAUCAAGUAACAAGAAAACCAUCAAACAAUGAGAUAAAAAGGAGGCUACCAUUACCCAUUUUGGAGGUGAACCCAUCAGAAUAUCAAGAUGCAACAUGCAUAAUCAAAGAAAGAAUGACAAUGGCACUUCGAUACUUCAUAGAACUUGGUGAAAAACAUGUUCUUGCUCAAGUAUGGGCACCUGUGAAAAACCGGGGUCGAAAUGUGUUGACCACAUCUGGUCAACCCUUUGUUCUUGACCCAAAUUGCACGGGUCUUCAUCAAUACAGAAUGGCUUCUUUAAUGUAUGUGUUCUCUCUUGAUGGUGAAACUGAUGAAGUUCUUGGACUUCCUGCUCGUGUUUUUAGACAUAAGCUUCCAGAAUGGACUCCAAAUGUGCAGUAUUAUUCAGACAAAGAAUAUCAAAGGCUUAAUCAUGCUUUGAAUUAUAAUGUUCGUGGGACUUUGGCUUUGCCUGUUUUUGAACCUUCUGGGCAAUCUUGUGUUGGUGUUCUUGAGUUGAUAUUGACUUCACAGAAGAUAAAUUAUGCCCCUGAGGUUGAUAAAGUCUGCAAAGCACUCGAGGCGGUGAAUUUGAAAAGUUCAGAUAUAUUGGAUCCUCCGAAUACGCAGGCAAGCAUUUUUCCUUUAACUCAGAUUUGCAACGAAAGCCGACAACAAGCCCUAGCUGAAAUCCUGGAGAUAUUAGCAGUCGUAUGCGAGACUCAUAAUUUCCCAUUAGCUCAAACGUGGGUCCCAUGUAGGCAUCGAAGUGUUCUAGCCUAUGGUGGUGGAUUCAAGAAAAGUUGCAGCAGUUUUGAUGGAAGUUGUAUGGAUCAAGUAUGCAUGUCAACAACCGAUGUCGCCUUUUAUGUUGUUGAUGCUCAUAUGUGGGGAUUUCGUGAAGCGUGUGCUGAACAUCAUUUACAAAAGGGUCAAGGGGUAGCUGGAAGGGCGUUUGCUACUCGAAGUUCUUGUUUUUGUGAAAAUAUAACGCAUUUUGGGAAAACCGAAUAUCCUUUGGUUCAUUAUGCGCGUAUGUUUGGUUUAGUUGGAUCUUUUGCAAUUUGUUUGAGGAGUAGUCAUACGGGUGAUGAUGAUUAUAUCCUGGAGUUCUUUCUUCCUCCUAAUGUGGUGGAGUUUAAAGAUCAACAGAAAGUGUUGGGAUCUUUGUUGACUUCUAUGAAGCAGCAUUUUAGGAGUCUUAAGGUCGCUUGUGGGGAAGAAAUAGGGGAAGAUGGUAGAAUGGUUGAAAUUAUUAAAGCAUGUGAAGAAGGCGAUGUUCUUGAUUCGGGGGUUCAGUCGAUUCGAUUAUCGGAAUCGUUAAUAUCAAAUGGAGGCCCAGUGGGUUGUGUUGAUGCUUUGGUGAGGCCCAAUGCGUUGAAUGGAAAUUGUGGGAAAUCAGAGAAUGUGGAAAUUACCAAAAAGUCCGAGAGAAAACGAGGGAAAGCUGAGAAAUCGAUUAGCUUGGAAGUCCUUCAGCAACACUUUGCAGGAAGUCUUAAAGAUGCUGCAAAGAAUCUUGGUGUUUGUCCCACUACAAUGAAAAGAAUAUGCAGACAACAUGGGAUUUCAAGGUGGCCUUCAAGAAAGAUCAACAAAGUCAAUCGUUCACUUACAAAGCUAAAACGGGUGAUUGAAUCAGUUCAAGGAGGUGAAGGAACAUUCACCAUUCCUUCUUUAGCAACCACCCCACUCCCCAUUGGUGUUGACUCCACAUCAUGGCCCACAGCUCCAAACGGGUCACCAACUACCCAAAACGGGUCACCCGGGUCAAAACCAUCUCCAAAGAACGAUCAAGGUCAAACCCAUCAAACAUCGGGCAGCAGAGAAGCAAGCACGGGCAGCCCGACUUCCCACAGGUCAUGUCAAGAAAGUCAACUGUUUGAAGUCAAAGCACCGAAUCUUGAAGGGCUUAUAGCACCACAAACUGAAGAACCAUUUAGAGGAAUGCUAAUUGAGGAUGCUGGAAGCUCACAUGAUCUCACGAAUCUUUGUCAACCCUCUGAGGUUCUUGAAAAGGUACAAGAAGUUAGCCCAAAGGUUUCGUGUGGGUGCAAAUUCGGGUAUAGUGACAUUGAAAGAAGAAGUUGGAAAGAGGUUGAAGUUGGAUGUGGAUUUGCAAGAAUGUGUGGAGUUGUCAAUGUCAUCAGGGUGCAACAUAAUCAGGCUUUUAGUUCAUGA